AUGAAAGGAAGUGUGGUAAAUCUCGCAAGAUCAGCCUGGAAAGGUCCCCACAUCGUGCCUUUGCCAAUCUCCAAGGCUCUCAAGGAAAAAGUGCCUAUCAGAACCAAUGCCAGAUCUUGCACCAUCUUGCCACAGUUUGUCGGUAUAUUAUUCCAAGUUCAUAAUGGUAAAGAAUACGUUAGUUUCAAAGUGACAGAAGAUAUGGUUGGUUUUAAGUUGGGGGAAUUUGCUCCAACUAGAAAGAGAUUCAAGUUCUCUGGCAGUGGUAACUGA